GAUUUUGGUGGUUCCGCAUUUCGGGUCGGCAAGGUGGGGGAGGCGAGCGCAGCAACUGGCACCGGCUCGACCCUCGGUUCAAAGCAGCGGCGCGCGGUGCUUUCGCUGGCCGCGAUCUGAGGAUUGUCCGCUUCCUCGUGGUUCCCGCGCGGGCUCCGAAUCCAGGGCGCGGCGGGGGCCAGUGGCCCCUCCCCUCCGAGGAUAGAAGAUGAGCUUCCUCUUCAGCAGCCGCUCUUCUAAAACAUUCAAACCAAAGAAGAAUAUUCCCGAGGGCUCUCAUCAGUAUGAACUCUUAAAACAUGCAGAAGCAACUCUAGGAAGCGGGAAUCUGAGACAAGCUGUUAUGUUGCCAGAGGGAGAAGACCUCAAUGAAUGGAUUGCUGUCAACACUGUGGAUUUCUUCAACCAGAUCAACAUGCUGUAUGGAACUAUUACAGAAUUCUGCACUGAAGCAAGCUGUCCAGUCAUGUCUGCAGGUCCCAGAUAUGAAUAUCACUGGGCAGAUGGUACUAAUAUUAAAAAGCCCAUCAAAUGUUCUGCACCAAAAUACAUUGACUAUUUGAUGACUUGGGUUCAGGAUCAGCUUGAUGAUGAAACUCUUUUUCCUUCUAAGAUUGGUGUCCCAUUUCCCAAAAACUUUAUGUCUGUGGCAAAGACCAUUCUGAAGCGUCUGUUCCGGGUUUAUGCCCACAUUUAUCACCAGCACUUUGACUCUGUGAUGCAGCUGCAGGAAGAGGCCCACCUCAACACCUCCUUUAAGCACUUUAUCUUCUUUGUUCAGGAGUUUAAUCUGAUUGAUAGGCGUGAGUUGGCACCUCUUCAGGAAUUAAUUGAGAAGCUUGGAUCGAAAGACAGAUAAAAUGUUUCUUCUAGAACACAGUUACCCUCUUGCUUCAUUUGCUAGAGCUAUCUCAUUGCUAUCUGUUAUAGACUAGUGAUACAGACUUUUAAGAAAACAGGAUAAAAAGACACAUGUGUUCAUGUCUACUGACAAAAUUGCCCCUCAGGUAGAUUGGCCCAGUCCUUCAGUGAGAAAUUCAAGAGGCAGCAGACUCUGAGGCACUGUUUGAACACUCCUAUUACUGUCAGAGUUGGACUUGCUUGUAAUAUGUGAUGAUAACAUGUAGUCUGUUCAUUUUCUUUUCUUUUACUGAAGAAAAUGAGUGCUUCAGGUUAUAGCAUAAUAGCAAUUGGGAAUUUCCACCAGUACUUUAUUAACAAGUUUCCAGAACAAAUUACCUAAUAACGCAAUCAGAUCCAUUUUAUCCUGUUUUUAUUUACAAAUAGAAGAGGUAUUUUUAAGUUUCCUUAAAAUUUAGAACAUUUGUGUGUUACUUUGGGUAACCUUUUAGUUUGAAGUCCGUAUGCUGGUGUUUUUAUAGGUAAGACUAUAUAUUAUACGUUUAUUUUUUCAGAAUCCAUGAUUGCAGUUUAAAUCCUCAUAUGACUUAUGUAGUAUGGGAGUAACCAGAGUUAUUUCUAAAAUGAUGUUAUUUUUUACUCUAUUUGGGAUUUUAUUCACAUAAACCUAUCUAAAGUUUUAGGAGUUUGUAUAUCAGAAAUAAUUUUCUUAAGGCAUGUAAGGAUAGUCUUGUACAUUUUUAUUUUGAAAUGCUUCAUUCAGAUUAAUUUUAAUAGGUAGCUUUAGGCUAAGAAAGAAAACUCCAAAAAAUUAUGACCAGUUCAGGUCUCAGAACCACUAUUUUCAUUCAUGUUGUUUUUUUCAGAGCCCCUGAGAUCCUGGAGAGGAGAGUGGAAGUACUCAGAGUACUUGGUUAUUUUCUUUUGAAUGUCCUUUAAAACAAAAACAAGAAUUACUGCUAUGUGUUUUUGUUGUGACUUGAGACUUCGUUAAGAGUAGUGUAGAAAUGUCCAGCCUUUCCCCCAACAAGGAUAAAACUUAAGGAAGCCCAUAAUAAAAAACCUUGGUGGUGUACACAUUUUAUAACACAGCUUAAAGUUUGGUGUGCUACCUAGUGUGUGUGUGUGUGUGUGUGUGUGUAAACAAAAUGGGAGGAAUAAGUAAAAGAUCUUUACUUCAUUCUGUUAGCAAAGGAUGGCUUGAGCCCCAACAGGGGUUUAAUCCUGUUUUAAUUGUUUUUGGAUCAAACUUGAAAUUCUUCUAUUUCUAUUGGGAUGAAAAAAAUCUUCCCUUUUAGUGAAAUAAAGGUCUAAUUUUCAUUAGGUUUCUAGGAUUUAGUAAACUCCAUCCGCCUGUCAAGAAUGUACUGGGCACAAGUCUAUUGAGGACUUGCCCGCCUGGCAUAGCUUGAAGUUGGUCAGCAUUCGGUGUGAGUUCAAAGCUCGGAUUUUUGCAGAGUGCUCACUAACUCCCUUGAUGGCUUUGAUAAAAGGUUAGUUUGGUUAGGUUUUUUUUGUUAUUUAUUUUUAUUAUUCCACUGAAGUAUAAGGAAAAAAAUAGCUUAGGAACUCCAUUUUUAUCAUAACUGAAUUUCAUAUCCAGAUAUACAGAAUUUUAAAGGAAACAAAACCUUUCACCUAUUUUAUUUAGGCUGAAACCAUACAUCACUUCAGGAAUUAAAAAGUGGGAUAAUCCCUUAUUUUAAAAAAAGAGAGAGAGAGAAGCCCUCUGAAACAUUCCACAAUUCAUGUUUUAAGCUUAUCCAAAGUUCCCUGUGUGGAGUUCUGUGUGUUUGUGUUGAUCAUUUAUAAACAAGAAAGCAGGUUUCUAGAUGCCACCCAGAAUGUUAACUGCCUCUCGACUUUGGCUUUAAUUACGUUUUCGUGGAAUGAAAUUCUGUUUCUCAACUAGGUUUGUAGUUUCCAUCAUUUCUCAUAUUUCACAUGAUUCCUAAAGCAGUUCUCACUUUUCUCCAUUUAUUUUCAGUGAUAGAAAUCCUCUCUCUCUUCAUGACUCCAUCCCAAAACAAACCAAAGAUGGUCACAUGCUAGACAUAAAUAAAAAAUUUGUUGGUAAUUGGAGACUCAGAAUGUCCUUUUUUUAAAAUAAUAAACAUAUUACCAGGUUCCCAGGCUAACCGGGCUUUACCAACAGUGCACCUACCCAUUAAGUUACCACUACUUGUUCACAUCUAAAGCCAGGGGGUAGAGAGCAGGAGAACUGGAGGAAGCCAGGAGGGUGAGGCCCUCCUGACUGGGCUAGCGGGCCAGCCUUUGAGAAAAGUCAGAACAAAUCAGUCUGUCCUGGACUCUUCUCCCUUGUGAAUUACCUUCCUGUGCCCAGGGUCCGACUGCUGCUCCUCACCCCUGAGUACAGUCAUGGGGUAGAGAGUGCUCGCUAACUUAUGUGGGUAGUCCUAUGGUGCUUAAUUUCCAGGCCUUUAAAAAAUACUUGUAGACAGUGAUGUGCGGGUUUUUUGUUGUGAUAGCCAAAUGUCUCCAUUAUUCUCCAGACUGUGAAUAAAAUGAUUUGUCAAGGGCUACCUGCUAGCCAGUUUCCUCUCCUCUUGGACUUGUAGAGCCCUGGCUUCUGUAAGCUGCUGCCUGCUUGCGAAGUGCAAACCUGCAGUCAUUGUGACUUUGGUAACAAAAGGCAGGCUUCCCUAGUAGCGCAGAGCCAAGAGGAGCCAACCAGUGGUGAUUUUAACUUCUCCAAACACUUCUGAAGUUUUCUGAUGAUACCGUUGGCUUUCUCUCGGAGAAGUGAGGUUAUGCUGGAAGUGGAGCUUCUAGACAUAACAUCAUUACCUCACCAGCAAUAAACAGAUCAGCCCCAGAAAGUCCCACUCUUAGAAAUGUGUUUCUGAGCAGCAGCAGUCCCGGUGCUGGUGGUGCCUGCCUGGUACGGGAGGCUGCCUCCUGUCUGAGAACUCCGGCCUGACAGAUGCUGGCCGAGACCCCAGACACAGCCCCUUCGAUAGGGAUGGACUUUCUUCCUGAGGUCAGUUCAGUAAGUGGAUUUGAUUUUUACUAUUGUAGAAUUCUGGCAAAGAGGGAAAGUAGUGGUCCCUCAGUCUUCCUGUGUGUUCUGCAUUAGAUUUUGAUAUUUCCGACUAUACAAGGCUUGGGGGGAUGACACUGCAUGUGAUAGCGGUGACUUUACUGAAGCAACUGCGUUGAAAUUCACUUGGGUUUCUCUCAUUCUCAAAUUCUGUUCCAGAUAAGUAUUCUGUAAAUCCAAAUGGAUUACCAGUGUGCUAUAGGUUUUUUAAUAGAACAUUCUAUGUUUGAUCUACAUCAACAGUAGUUUGCAUAAGUUAGUCUUGGUUACCAUCUAAAAUAUUUUUAAAUGUUCUUUACAUGAAAAUUUAUGUUGUAUUUUUAAACCUUUAGGGGCUUUAUCUAUUUUUCUAAGUCAGUUAAUUGUACUUUUAAAGAAAGUAUUUUGUAUCUACUUUUGUAACUUCGUCAGAAUAAAAUAUAUUAAAAGAAAUGA